AUGGUAAAUGCAAAAAGUACAAAAGUUGCCAAUAAUGGACCACAAAACAAAUCUGCAGGAAAUAAAUUUAAGAGUAAAGGCAAUGCAGGAGGUGUUACAAAGGCGCCAUUUAAAGGUGGCGCAUACAAGAAGCAUGGAAAACCAUCUUUUACAAAAUCAAAGGAGGCCAUAAAGAAGGAACGGGCUGAAAAAUUCCGUCAACGACAAGAAGCCCGAGAACAAAAACAAAAAGAGUUGGAGGAACAACGAGCCAAGGCCAAAGCUGAAAAGGAAGAGAAAAUAAAACAAUACAAAAAGAAACGUUUGGAACGUACAAAGGCACUGAGCAAGCGAACUCAACGUGGUCAACCCCUUAUGAAGGAUCGUAUGCAAUUGCUGUUGAAACAAAUUCAAGAAAUGAAAAAGAAUGGCUGA